CGACGGCGGCCGAGCUCGAUCGUCGGCCGAGUCUCGAGUCUCGAAUCUAGUGCUUCGGUGUUCAGUGCAUGCACAGCGGCCGGCCGGCGUGCAUAGUCGGUGAUAACGGUGUCGCGCUUUCCGGCUUCGAGUUUCGGCUUUCGAGAAAGAAAGAGAGAGACUUUUUCUUUCCGCGGUGGUACUCUUUCCUCGAGAGAAACGUGCGCGAAGGAGGAGCCGCCGCCGAAGGGCCCCCUCGUGCUCGUGGCCUCUUUGGCGCCGGGCACCGGGCCUCGGGACCCGGGGGCCGUCCGUUCCCGUACCCGUACCCGUUCCCGUUUCCACAACACGCGGUCAUGGAGCUCCUAGGCUCGUCCCGGUGCGGCGCCAGCUACGAUAUCUGUGCGCGGGCGUUACCCCGUCGUUCUCGCGUACUAGUUAGACAUUCUCGUGCGACAACUGCCAGGCCUUGUGCAUUUUGAACGAGGUGAUAUGACGCGACGCUGCCCUGAAUCGCGAGGGAAUCGAUCGGCCAGGGGCGCGAGGGUAUUGCGAGGUGGCGAUCUCGGGGAGGAUAUACACGGUGUCGGAACGAUGGAGGAGGAACACGAGGAAGUGAAAGAUCGUCGGGACACGUUCUGGUGAGAGGAGCGGCUCUGCCGAUCGUGACUGUUGCCGGAAGCGUCGACGCAGGCCGAGUCGGAGCAAGAGCAAGAGCGAGAGGAAGAGGAAGAGAGAGAGAGAGAGAGAGACGAAGAGAAAGAGAGAGGGUGCAGUGGGGACGGUUUGAAAAAAAAACUGGCGUCUCAAACACGUGAGAGCGGCUCUCGCGGGACUCGGACCCGUCGACGGACCAACGGUGGAUCCUUGUCCAGCCGAGGCAGCGCCACGGGAAUGCAAUGCGGCCUGUGCGCCGUCGUCGCCGGACUCUUCCGGAGAGCCAUGUGCAUCGCGGGUAGCAGACGGGGAUCCGGAGAAUCCUGCUACCAGGAGCUGCCUGCCACCGCCGAGGUCCAACCGCGACGGCACUCGCAGGUCGCGCCGAUAGAAACCGGCCUGAAGGCGGCGGAAAUAGCGGAACACGUUAAAGAGGCUGUCGAAACGCAGCAGAGGAGGACUUCGGGGAUAACGGUGGACAGUGGGGAACAGAAUGCGGUGUUCAUCCGCAUUUCCGAAAGCACCGCGUUGCCAACGCCGAGCGUGUCGGUAACUUUGCCGGAAGUCGGCGAUGAACCAGCGAAAGAGCCGCCGUUCAGACGUCUGUCGGAGGUGGACCGGAUCCUCUUGGAGAGUUUGGACAUCGGUCGUUCCAGGCCCAGGCCCACCGGUCGAUUCCUCACCAUGCACAAGCGGCGCCGUAAGAGGCUUACCACGAGAUCCUUGAAUCAGGAACAGGGCAUCCUGGACGAUAUUUUCCAUGGUCUGGUUCAGUGCGUGCUCCAGAAGGCCGGCAACUGGCGGUUCAAUGCAUUUACGUUGGAAACUGUGACAGGAGGCCGAUCGCUACCAGUAUUAUGCGUCCAUCUUUUUCAUUGGUACGGACUGUUACAACAUUUCAACUUGGACGUGGUAACGGUGUGGAAAUUGUUCGCUUUCAUCGAGGAGGGUUAUCACAGCACGAACCCUUACCACAACAGUAUACACGCGACGGACGUAACGCAAGCGAUGCACUGCUUCCUUCAAGAGAAAAAAAUUAGGAUGCACUUAACCGACUUGGAAAUCAUGGCAUCGCUGAUAGCCGCGGUGACGCACGAUCUGGAUCAUCCAGGCGUCAAUCAACCGUUUCUCGUCGCCACGAGCAAUCACCUGGCUGCGCUCUACCAAAACACGUCGGUUCUUGAAAAUCAUCACUGGAGGUCGGCGAUAGGGUGUCUUCUGGAGAGCGGUGUUUCCGAUCAGUUGCCCGCCAAUAUCAGACCGGAGCUUCAACGACACAUCAGCUCGUUGAUCCUGGCCACCGAUAUCACGCGGCAAAAAGAGUUCCUGGACAAAUUCAAAUACUAUUUGGACGAGAAUCUGUUGGAAAUGGAGCGCGCGGACGAUCGGCAUUUCAUUCUGCAGAUAGCCUUAAAAUGCGCCGAUAUAUCGAACCCGUGCAGACCUUGGGACAUCUCGAGGAAGUGGUCGUACAAAGUAUGCGAGGAAUUCUUUCGGCAAGGCGAUUACGAACGUCGGCUGAACCUGCCGGUGACGCCGUUAUGCGAUCGACAUACCACCAGCAUACCGAAGAUACAGGCUGGAUUCUUCAAAUUCGUGGUGACACCCCUUUACGAGGAGUGGCACCGUUUCCUCGGGGACGGUCUGAGCGUGUCGCUGAUGGAGCAUCUGCGAGGCAAUCAGAAGAAAUGGGAGUUGCUGAACCUGCAGGAGGCGGCCGAGGAAACCGAGACGGAGAUAUCCGAGCUGGAAGAGAUAGAGGACGAGAUCAGCUCGACGGAGGAGCCGGCCGCGGACGAGGAGAUCGGAAGCAUCGAUCCGCUGAUACCGGCGGCGUACGUUCAGUCCUCCCGGAUCCAGAGCUUGCCGGCCCGGGUCGGCCUCGAGCGGAUCGGCAGGCGUCAUUCCGUCCCGUUGAGCAUCGCGAAACCGUUGUCUCUGGUGCCGCGCAGCACGGCGAGACGCGAGAGCCUGCCGAUCGAGCACAACAAAACGAAGAGCUUGCUGCUGCGGCUCGAGGACCAGAGCCUGUUGGAUCCGGGCUCGCUGUCUUUGCUCUCGUCGCGGAGCAGCGUGCAAGAGCUCUCGCCGAACGCGAACGCGAACGCGACCGAGAGGCCGGUCAGCGCGGAGAGUCUGCUGCCGGAACCGAGCAUAGCCAGCAUCACCAGCAGCGCCGAAGCGUCGAGGCUGAGCUCGGUCCUGCAGCCGGAGAAUCAAAAGCCGGACACGCGAUCGAAGCAGUUGACCAGGCAACAGACCUUCCCGCCCCUGCAGCCCUACGUUCGCAUGAGAUACCUGUCCACCACCGCGGAAAUGUCGCAGUGUUACUCGCAGACUCUGAUCGAGGCGAACAGCUCCGCGUCCUCCUCCGGAUCGAUCAAGGACAAGUCCUGUUCGAACGGCCAUUGCGGUACACCGCCGACGCAAGAAGCGGACGCGUCGCGAGCCAAGUCCACCGUCGUCGAGAAAGCGUCGUCCCGAGAAGCGCCGACGGCGGCGGACCUGGCUGGCAAAAGGCGCGGCUCCGCGAUCCCCGACCCGUUCAGACCGAAGCCGGACAUCCUCCCGGCCGCCGAUCACCCGCGACGUCACUCGUUGUCGGUGCAAGCUAUCCGUAUCGACGACGCGAACUUCAAGAAUCGUCACCACAAACGACCCGCCUCUGCUCAAGGAUCGGACUCCGCUCAAGCGUUCUACGCGUCGCUGACCGGCUCUCGGAACGACAAGAACACCCGCAACGUCGACUCCGACGCGAGGUCGGACGGCGCGCCACCCGCGUCCAAGACGAGACACGAGAGCGAGAAAGUAUCGUGCCAGGAUCCGCGGACUAUAACGGCGUUCAAUAAAUCCGACCAGUGCGGCAGCGGUUCGAUGCAUGUCGCGAAACCGAGAUGCGUCGAGUCCGAAUUGCGAAGAUACUCGACGCCCGUCCCAGAAACUAAGACGAUCGUGACCGACGCCGGUGGCAGACGGUUCACCGCGAUACCGGUGUCUUCGGAACUCGGCACGUAUAAAGUGUUCUUCAUCGGUAGCCCGCCGGACUCGCCGCCCCUGAUCCAAAGCGUGUCGUCGUCGAGCGACAGCGGUGGCAGCGAACCGCGGAAAUACACCGGCGACAACGAAAUCGUUUCGAUCGGCGGCAAACGGGACCCGGAGGCCGUCAAGGAGAAGAGCUCGAAGGUCGCCAAACUCAGCCUCGACGUGCAAAUGAAGGAGAACGUUGACCCGCGCGCGAUCGAUGAUACGAAAGGGAUAACGCUGUCUAGGAAGGGAAGCCAGCCAUGGGCUAGAAGACGAGGAUCCGCGCCGGUCGGUCUUUUAUCGAGAUUGGACGACAUCGCCGUACCGCCUAUAGCAUCUACCAGGGUUGAUCAUACCUCCAGGCGUGGAUCUGUACCAACCGACAUUACAAGGCACCAAGGUGGAGGCUGUAAUCGAUUAGCCUUAGGCGUUAGAGAGGGAAACGUUACAACACCCAGGAGAGCGAGUCUUCCGCAAGAAACUGCUCUUGGAAAUCUUCUCGGCAAUAUUUUAUCGUUAACCAAUGAACGAGAGAAUCUCCCAAUGAACAAUAAUAACAAUAAUAACAAUACCGGGACAAGCAACAAUAACGGAUUAGCAAGAAUAAUCGAUAGCACCGGACCUAGCAUGCCGUCCCCGCGGCGAGGUUCAGUGCCAGCAGACAUAUCUGAAUUACGCCGUGAUAUGUUCAAUAGGAGUAGCAUAAACGGUAAGCCUCGUAAUCGGAAAAAGAUUUUGAGGAGGAGAAGUUCUGGAGGACCAGAAAUGUUCUCUGGAGGAUCCACAGAUGGGAACGAUAAUGGCACAUGGCUUAUAUGGAAGAGGGAACUAGGAAAAAGGGAUCCGAUUCCUGAACCGCUCGUCGAGCGAAGAGGUUCCCUGCCCAUAGAGAUGGUGGCCAUUUCUCAUGCUGGAUCAGGAUCGGGGGCUCGAAGAUCCAGUUUAUGGAGACUUUAGCAUGGAGUAGACGCGAGCGGACCGCCCGUGCAACCAACGGUUGACAGUAGAUCAUCGAAUACUACCGCACUGACAGUCUUUCCUUACAACAUUAGCAGCAACAGCGACGAUUGACUUCCAUGUUCCAAGAUUGCCAAAUCUGAAAGCUCCUCUUAUCGGUUGUCGUUGUCGCGUGGGCAAGUGAAUUUUUCUAAAAUCGAACGAGCUUUCUAUCGCCGCAACGCAGCUGCAAUACCAACGAAAACACAGUUAGAGCGUCCUACCAUCUGUCGCAGGUUAUUGUAUCGCCAUUGUCGUAGUCUUAUAAUAUUAAUGUGUGCACUGGAAAAAAUCUACUCGAACGAAAAAACGACGAGAACGAAACGCGAGAUGUAUAUGUAUAACGUAUGUACGAUAUAUACAUGCGUGUAUACACGUCCCAUAUUGAUCAUCGCGGUCAUACAAAUUUAGAAGUUUAAGAAUAUUGGCAAGACGAUAAACGCGUGUGACCGCUUCGCGACGGGGUCAACGUAGAACAAAUGAAAACUAUAUGAAUUCUAAAGUCUUCCCCCGCAAUUUACGCGCGCGCGCGAACAUCGUGGAAGAAAUAAAAUGUAUACAUAUUAGUUAUGUUCGCUUUAUAUCCAUUUGUGCCAUACACAGAUGUUGUCUAAGAUGUGACACAGUCAAACACAGGGUUCAAUACGAAGAUUUUAAUAAUUAAAAUGCCUAGGUACGGAGAAGGAGAAAAGACUGGUAGAGAAAAUCACCGCUAUUAAACUAGACACUUAAAGAGGCACAUAAAUCGAUUGAAACGAAGUGACAUUUGCUCAUAGCUAGGAGAAUUAUGAUUUUUUUUUUUUUUUUUUAAACGUUCAAGGCAGGAUAAUAUAUUAUCUUCACUCGAUUAUUCAUUUAUCGCAUCUAUCAUACCCAUUGAAUAUUCGAUACGUUUCUAUGCCGGAAGAUGACAUUUUUUAAUCGUUAUCGACGAUUUUACGAAUGAAACGCAUAAAUGAUUAGAUUUAUCGUUAGCUCGAGAAAUAAGGAACGGUAAAUAGCUGCGAAAAGUAACUCUGAUAAAAAGCAAAGAAAAUAAUAUACUCAAUAUCGGCAGUAGUUCUCCUUUAAAACUGUAAUGAAAAACAAGAUAGACAUUCCAUUAAACCGAGUAGUAUACAAUGUGUAGAACACAAAUCAGAAUUAAUAAUAAUAAUAAUAAUAAUAUUAAUAAUAAUAAUAAUAAUAAUAAUAAUAAUGUUGUAAUUAUUGCUAUUUAUCAUCAUUCAUUACACUGUCAUUACCGUCAUUAUUGUCAUCAUCGUUGUUGUUAUAAUUAUAACUGAAGUCUUAAUGACCGUUCAAGUAGAUAGAAAUUAUAAACUUAGUCGGUAACGAUACCUGCGUUUAAGCACAAGGUAAAUUAGUUAGUGAAUUGCGUGGAACUAUGACCAUAAUUGUUUAUAACGAAAACAAAAGAUGGUUACGAUGUAUAGGUUUACGGUACGUGAACCAUAAAAUCAAUCAAAAACUGCAAAAUUCGUUAGUAAUAUCUCUCAAUGUAUUAAUUCAAUGACACACGUUUUUAGUUGAUUAGUUUUAUUUGAAUAAAGUACAAUUAAUAAACUGCCUAUGCACAAACAAAUGUAUACAAGCUAGAUUCAAAUGUUAUCCUAUUUCGUUUGUAAAUGUUUUUGUUAUCAUAUAUACAUACGCAACACAACAUAGUCAUUAAAAAAAUAUCAUUUUGAUAGUAUCUUGUAUUAUAGUUUUUAAGAGGAACUCUCUUGUAUCACGUACUGCUACAACCUGUCAUCCCUCUGACUAUCAGAAAGUAAAGAAAUAUUAAUAAGCCAUUGCAGUUCAAUAAUGAUAUAUAACAAAUCUAAGUUUAAUCAAAGUAACAACCGAGAUAUCUGUAUCGAUGUAAUAUAGAUAGGUCAUCCAUUUCUCAAGUAAACUGUUGUAAGCUUAGCAAAUUUCUCCCGAAGCGAGGUUUCUAGAUCUUUUCGACGACGCAAAACCUGUCAGAGCUAUAUACGUGUGUUUCACUCGAUGACCAGAACAAAACGAAGGUGUGACAAGAUCGCCUUAAACCGAUUCGAACUCUUUUAAAAAAACAAUACGUGACAACAACACCUAAGUUUUCCUAUUUCUAAUGCGGAAGCGUUCCGCAUAAAUCACUUGUAUAAGUGUAUUAAUAACUAAGUUAGUAUAAACCUACUAGUCUUUCUAACUCUAAACAGAAUUUGUAUAAUAUGUAUCUGUACAUGUCUACGCGUGUACAUAUACACGUAUACAUUCGAUUUAAACAAAAAACAAAAAAAAACAUGCACAGAAAGCACCAACAAGAGAUACAUUGUCAAGAAAUGUUGAAAAAUUGCAUUACAUAAUUUAUUUAUUGAUAUCACUUUAAAACACCUUUACAGACAGACCAAUAAAAUAUGGGACUAAAUGAAACGUCUUUGUGAAAAAUAAAAAUUGACUUAGCUUCUGAAAAAAAAAAAAACAAUUCAAAUUCAAUAUUAUAAAUGACCACUCUGUCGAACUACUUUUUGAAGAAUUUACGACAUCUAAAUGUACACGUUGCACCCCACAUUUCAAUAGAGAAUGAUUAAAACAUUCUUCAAAAUUCUUCUCCUCUGCCAUCCUAUAGGUAUCGUGUACUCGCAACCACUUUCUACGAUCGUAUUAUCUUGGAAUGUGCAAAAUGAAUAAAUUACUUUAUAGGAAUGAAUGUAAAAGUAAGAUAUUCGACGUAUAUUGCAUCAAGCAGUGUUUACGCUCAGAUAAAUAAUCAUUCUACUCUUUUGAAAUGUUUAUUCAUUAAAUUGUUACGCAUUUGUCAAUUUCUUUUUCGAAAAGUUUGUACCAUGACUAUAGUUUUAACAAAUGUACUUUCAAAAUUGGAACAAAAUUCUCAAAUAUUUCCGAGCAUGUAAUCGUUUGGAACGACAUAGAUCGGUAGGAAUGCGGCAAAUAUAUUAAAAAAUUAAUAUUUGUGCAAUUCUUUUUUCUUUCUCUUUCGUUUUCCGUUGAACGUAAACAUACAGAUGUUUGAUACCUAGAAAUAAAAAGAUUUUUUCGAACGAACUUUUUCUUGGUUAAUCGUGUUUAGAGAGCAGCUAGGAGUUCGAUUUUGUACUCGCAACUUUUAACAAUUAUUCAAAUCCAAACGAACGUUUGAAAAACUAUCUCGCGAGUAGAGAAUUUAAGAAAAAAAUUUAGUGAGAUACUCUUAUUUUUUAAAUGAAAAACCAAAAAGACACAAGCGAAUACUACGAAACAAAAUGUAUCUACUAUUACUUUUAUAGCGCUUUCGUUUCAUUUCUUUUUGUAUUCUGUUACAACAUUAAAUGUUGUAAUUAUACACAGGCAAAAAAAUUUUGCGUGCGAUUCGCAGUAUUGGAAAUGUCAAUUAACAAAUAACAAUUCGUAUGUAAUCGGUCCGACGAUAAGAAAGUCGUUAUGUAUUUUCUAUAAUAUUACUGUAGAUAGCUACUGCGUUAGAUACAAUUAAACAAUGUGUUCUUAUCAUUAUUCGUAAUUAAAUUAUAACGUUGUUACAAUAAACACAAGAUGCAAAACAGUAUAAAAUGAAUACGUGUACGAAUGAUAGAGACAAGAGUGUGCGCGAGCGUGGUCCAGUCGAUUGUCCUAUUUAUGUUGGGCAAUGCGAAGAAAUUAAUAUAUGUAUAUGUAUAUGUAUGCGAUGGCUCUACAUGGCCUAUUAUAUUCGGUAGAUUGGAAUUACUAUAGUCGAUAAUUAUAGUAUCGAAAUUUUUUUAUCAUUUCCAUUCGGUUGUAUAUUAAGUAUUUAUUUUGUAAAUGUAAAUGGAACUUAUCGAUUACAUGACAAAACUCCCGUUAUAAGUUUAGAACUGAAUGAGAUACAUGAUGCGAUAUGUAAACCCAUCUUCUUUAUUAAAAAAACACACGCAAAAAUUA